CUGGUCUGGGGGUGGCUUCUAGUCGGGCGCUGGCGCCCGAGGCAGGGCUGGGCAGUGGGCAUUUGCGGUGUCAGCCCUCAUUCUCUGCAGCCUCGGCGUCUCUGAUUUGCCCUGUGUCUGGCUCGGACUGCAAGGUUUCCGCCUGGAUCGCGGCCCCCAGCCUCGCUCAGGCCGCCCUCUGCGCGCGGGUGGAAAAACCCGGGUUCGCGACUGUGUGGCCUUGAGCCACUGUGUGCGGGUUCUAGGCCUCAGGAAACGGAAUGGACGUGACCCGGCGCCUGGCAACUUGGAUUAAUUAGAAGAAAGUUCGUGGCACCAGCAAAUGGAAAUCUAGGACGAAGUAAAUCCAAGCAGUUGUUUGAUUACUUAAUUGUCAUUGAUUUUGAGUCAACGUGUUGGAAUGAUGGGAAACACCACCAGAGCCAAGAAAUAAGUUAAGUCUGGACUGCCAGGGGCCAAAGCUAGCCCUAGAGGAGUCACUUUAAUAGAUACAAUAGUUAACAGUUAAAGAAAAUAAGAUAGUCCAUGAAUUGGUAGUUUACUAUAAAACCUGACUAAACCAAAAAAAAAAAACAAAAAACAAACCAAAAACCUAACAUCUGGAAGUAUCAUCAUAUAAAAUAAUUACUUUAGAAUUCCAUACAAAAUCUCAAUUGCAUAGGAACUGAAAAAAUACCUUUGCAAAAAGCAGUACAUUUUAACUUCUAUAUGGUCUUCAUAUUUAAUUGUGGGAAUAUAUUCAAGAGUUUUAAAUAGAUAUAUUCAUAACUUUAAUAUUCUGACUUAUUCUUUGGCACAAUUUUAUAACAAAUCACACGGCUUUGGUCUUUUUAACAUGCUGAAAUAAUGGUAAAAUAUGUUUAAUUUAGAGUGAUUACAGCAUUAAUUUAAUAAUUAUAUAUUUAAAUGUCAAUUGAUUAAGUACAUAAAUGUCAAUUGCUGAUUCUUUCAUAUAGUUGAAUUUCCAGCAAUAUUGCUGAACACAUCAACUGGAGAGAUUGAAUCUGAGUUCCAUGCUUAUGUUCAGCCUCAAGAACAUCCAGUUCUUUCUGAAUUUUGCAUGGAACUGACAGGCAUAAAACAGGCUCAAGUUGAUGAAGGAGUCCCUCUGAGAAUUUGCUUAUCUCAGUUCCGUAAAUGGAUUCAGAAGAUUCAGCAACAGAAGAAAAUUAUUUUUGCUACUGGGAUUUCAGAUCUGUCUAAUUCUGAAGUAAAAUUAUGUGCAUUUGUUACUUGGUCAGACUGGGACUUGGGGGUUUGCCUGGAGUAUGAGUGUAAAAGAAAACAGCUGUUAAAACCUGUGUUCUUGAAUUCUUGGAUUGAUCUCAGAGUAACUUACAAGAUUUUCUAUAGAAGAAAACCAAAAGGACUAAGUGGUGCCCUGCAGGAAGUAGGAAUAGAAUUCUUAGGACGAGAACAUUCUGGAUUGGAUGAUUCUCGGAACACUGCCAUGCUUGCUUGGAAAAUGAUCAGGGAUGGUUGCUUAAUGAAAAUUACAAGGUCCUUAAACAAGGUUCCCACUAAGAAGAAUUCCAGAAUUUUGGCCAGAAAUUUGAAUACGAAUCAAGUUGAAGAAACAUCAGCCUGCAACAGUAACAUUCAGGGUCUGAGCAUAUAUGAUAGGGAGCCUAAAAAUGCAGUAAGUUCUCAUGGAAAAGUUCAAAUGAGGCCAGUUGGUAUGAAUUCUCCUGUAAAGGUACAGCAAGAUCAGUUCCAACUAAAGAACAACGUAAACACAGGUCUUCACAAUGGCAAGAGCAACUUAUCUCUUUUUAAUACAAAGUCCUCUAAUUCUCUAAAGCAGUUGCCAUCUUCCAGCUUGAAUAUACCUAUGCAGAAGCACAUAAGAAACAAACACCUUGCAUUUAAUACCAAAUCUAAGACUUCAGCGAUUGGUUCAGAAUUGGUACUUGUUUCAACUACCAUUUCAUCUGUUAAUCAUGUUUCUGAUACGGAAAUGAGUUCUGCUCUUGAUUGUUUACCUAUGUUGGCCGAUUGGGAGGAUAUAGCUUUACUGCCAGCAUCUCAGCCUGAGCAAAAUAUGGAUUGUAUACCUCCCAUUGGUGACUCAAACUUAGACACUUCAUUUAAUUCUAUAGAAAGAUUAAUGGUUUUAAAAGAAGGCACAGAAGAAGGUCCUCAAAAAUCUGGGACCUCUAAGUCUGUUGUAUAUAAGAGUCCACAUACUACUAUUUAUCAUGUGAAAGAAGCUAAAGAUCCAGGUUCAGAUGUUUCUGACUUUAAAUUACCUGAACACAAAUCAAGUAGCUUCUACAGUGUUAAUGCCAGUGUGUCUCAUCCUUUAGUUUUGGAGAAAUACCCCCUUCUUUUACGUGGUACUAAGAGGAAUGUAUCCAGUCCCCUGGCUUUCCCACCAGCAAAAAAACAGACCCUCACUGUUCAUGAAGAAAAACCUACAUCAUCUGAUGGCUCCCCAGUGAGAAGUUGUUCCUGGAAGGUCCUCCCUUCUAUCUUAGCUUCUACAGUUAAUCUACAAGAGCCUUGGAAGAGUGGGAAAAUGACACCUCCUUUAUGCAAGUGUGGCCGAAGAUCUAAGAGACUUGUUGUUACUAAUAAUGGACCAAACCAUGGAAAAGUCUUCUAUUGUUGCCCAGUUGGGAAAUACCAAGAAAACAGAAAAUGUUGUGGUUAUUUCAAAUGGGAACAAGCACUUCAAAAGGAGAGAGCCAACAGCAGAGUUCUGUCUCAUUCCCCAGGGGGACUCACUCUUAGUUCUCCAGAAAUAAGCCGUAGUUGUGACAGAAAUGUAAAUUUUUGUACUAAAAAUUCAUUGAGACUCAGACCUUCAAUGAGGAGUUGAUAAACUUUCUCUACAUCCAAACUAUUCUUUUACUUUGAUGUGACCUUUUGUGUAAUAAAAAGAAAACAAGUGUGUAGUGCUACAAGUUAUGGAAACUUAGCAUAUCUGAGGUCUGUAGAUUGUACUGGGGCUAUUAAACACACACAAACUGUAAAUUGAGAAAAAAAUUUCACAGGCUUCUAAUUUCAUUUGUCAGUUAUCUAACAUUUGUUUUCUGUUUAUGUAUGGAUCCUGAUUGUUCUUGAGUUUCCAAAUAUUGUGAGUAUCUGAUAAUAGCUGUACACUGUUUUAUUUUUUUUAUUUUUUUUUUAAGAUUUAUUUAUUUAUUUAUGAUAGACAUAGAAAGAGAGAGAGAGGCAGAGACACAGGAGGAGGGAGAAGCAGGCUCCAUGCCAGGAGCCCAACACGGGACUCGAUCCCGGGCUCCAGGAUUGUGCCCUGGGCCAAAGGCAGGCGCUAAACCAUUGAGCCACCCAGGGAUCCUCCGCUGUUUUAUUAUUAUGUCAUAUAUUAACACUUGCCAAAUUUAUCAUACUGUUUUGAAGAACCACAAUUUAUUUUUUUAAAGAUUUUAUUUAUUUGAGAGAGAGAGAGCAUGAACAGGGGGGAGGAGACAGAGGGAGAAGGAGAAGCAGACUCCCCACUGAGCAGGGAGUCUGACUUGAGAACUUGAUCCCAGGACCCUGAGACCAUGACUCCAGCUGAAGGUAGACACUUAACCAACUGAGCCACCCAGCCGCCCCAAAGAACCACAAAUUAAAUAUCUUGUACACUGCACUUAUUAGAUUGGAUAUAAGCAAUGGUAGUAUAUGAUGUCCUUCUUUUAUACUUAGACCUUGGAAUAAAUUUGAAAUAUUUUAAGAUAUUUCAAUAAAAAUAUGACUAAUAAAAAUCGCUAGCCUAUUUUCAGGUAGAUACUUAUACUUUAAGAAUUAUGAUAAUCUUCUAACCAAUAUUUUUGUUUUCCUAAUAAUAAGUUGUUUAGUUAUAUUUCAAAACUUGAAGAUUUGUUCUGAUUUGUAUAUUAACAUCAGAAAUAUUAUUUAACUAGAAUUUGAAAACCAACAGGUCGGCAGUUUGGUUCAGAUACUAUAUGUCUAAAAAUUUCUCAGCAAUUGAUGGUAUUCUUUUCAUAUCAAAAUCAUGAGAACAUUGACACUAAUACAGAGGAAUUUACUGAAUAUUUUAUUUCAAAAUUUACCCUCUGAUGUUAUAACCAUAAGAUAUUUUAUUUUUUUUAAAGAUUUAACUUUUUAACUAAUCUCUACACUGAAUGUGGGGCUUAAGCUUACAACCCUGAGAUCGAUUCACAUGCUCUACUGACUGAGCCAGUCAGGUGCCCCAAUCAUAAGAUAUUUUAUUUUUUUAUGAGAUAUUUUAAAUCAACAAUUUAUAAGUAUAUUAUCACAUUUUAAU